AUGCAUGACAUUGCUAGUGCCUUACAUAUAGAUCUUAAUUUGUUUGAUAUUGAAAAUGCUUAUCCUAAACCUUCGAACCGUAAUCUGGAAAAGCCUUUGAUAAUUGUGGAAUUUGCAUCAAGGAGAAAACGUGACAAAUUUAUUAAGAAGCGAGGUAAAAUUGAAUACAAAAGUAAUCGAAUCUAUAUAAACGAAAGUCUUACGGCUUUCAAUAGAAAACUAUUCUGGGAAUCGAGAAUGAAAGGUAAGGAACUGGGCUAUUGUUUCAUUUGGACAAUUCAUGGCAUCAUAUUUUGCAAAAAAAUGAACAGGGCAACAAGAUACAAGUAA